AUGUUUGAUUCAUUGGACAUUGGUCUUGACUUUUACAAGACUUAUGGUCAAGAAUGUGGUUUUGAUGUUAAUAUGUCAAGUCAAAAAAGAUACAAUGAUGGAACAAUUCGUAUUAGAUAUUCGACAUGUAGUAGAUCUGGUUUCACGGAGUCAUUCAAGAUUAAAAAUGUUAAGAAAUUUUCAGAUGUUAAGAGAAUGAGGACUUCUUCUAAGAAGAACGGAUGCCCUGCUGUUUCAAAGUUCAAAAAUCUCCGAUGUUCUUUAAUGUUCUACAUUUAUGUGUUUGUUGAAGAUCACAACCGUGAACUUGUUGCUCAAGAUCAGUUGCACUUAUUAAGGAUUAAUAGGACAAUGGAUUUUCUUGAUGAAUCCUUUAUACAUAAGGUUGGUACUUGUAACAUUGGUGCUUCAAAAGCUUAUAACUUGGUGAGUAGUAUGAAGGGUGGCUUUGAUUCUAGGGGAGGGACUGCAGUUGACUUUAAAAAUUUUCAUAGGGAUUUAAAUUGUAAAAUUGGUGUCAAAGAUUCCCAAAUGGUUAUGGAUAUAUUGACAAACAGAAAAUUGUGUUUCUCUAAUUUUUCAUUUGAGCUUCAAAAAGAUGUUGAUGAUCAUCUUACUCGACUUUUUUUGGCUGAUGAUACUUCGAAAGCCAACUAUAAGGAAUUUGGAGAUGUACUAUCUUUUGAUGCUACUUAUCAAACAAACAAGUAA